GCCCGCCCUCUUUAAAGCAUACCGGUAGUUAACAGAUAAUUAAGAGACUUCUGUGAUAAAAAAUAUUCACUCCAGUGUUUAUUAAAAAAGUCUCGUCCCAAUAAAGUGUACUUUACCUCGGGAGCUAUGUCAGUCACCCAAGAUCUGAUCCGAGACAAACUCAUAGCGGAGAUUGGUGCGAUACACGUGGAUGUAGAAGACACGUCACCUAACAGAUGUGCAGCUAGUUUUAAAGUUCUUGUUGUAUCACCUCAGUUUGAAGGAAAACCUUUGUUGCAGAGGCACAGGAUGGUGAAUAAUUGCCUUGCUGAGGAGUUGAAAGAGAUCCAUGCGUUUGAGCAGAAAACGUUGACACCAGAGCAGUGGGAGAAACAGAAAGCACAGUGAUACACAUACUUAAGUGACUUAAUCCUCUAUUAGUAGGUUAAUACACUAGUCAACAUUUGAAGUAGAUCAAUCAAAGUGAUCUUGAGACAAGAAGGGGUAUUGUUUAAAUUUUUAAAGGGAUAGUUCACCCAAAAAUGAAAAAUCUGUCAUCAUUUACUAACUUUCAUAUUGUUACAAACCUGCAUAAAUUUCUUUGUUCUGAUGAACACAACAUGUAACAACAUAAGAGUGAGUAAAUUAUGUCAGAAUUUUAAUUUUUAGGUGAACUAUCCCUUUAAGACAACUUUUAUGAAAGGUUUUUAUACACUUCAAAUGUUGACUAGUGUAUUUCCAUCUUAGCUGCCCAAAUUCUACCAAUGUAAGGAAAAUUAAAUGUUUUGUAUUUAUGAAUUUUAUUGUCACUUGAUGAAAAAAUCUCAUGCAAAUUAAAGGUAAUGUAACUGUAAUACAUUGUGUACUCUAUAAGGUACCUUUGAAAUCCUGACAAUAAAGAAACUUUCUGGGCACAGUGAAAA